UCUUCCUGGUUUAUUAGACGCCCUGAGACUCAUCUCGGAAACUAUUUGGAUAGUCUACCUGUUCGACAUACCUGCUGGUAUUCGGGAAGAAGAAUUAAGAUCCUACAUUAUUUCUAAUUGGAGUUAAUUAACUAGAAACAAAACAACUUGGAAUUAAAAUGGAGGUGAAUUCUGCUAUAAUAGAGGUUAAAGCCUUAGACAGUGGUCAUGUCAGUGAUGAUGAGAUUGGUAAGGCUGAGAAAGCUCCUGCUGGAGUUGGUGUGUACCUUCCCCAUGUGUUUGGUAUCCCGGUUGGACCCGACACCAGUCUUGUUUCAGCUCACGUAACAACACCAACAGGUAUUAGGGAUGAUGUGAAAAUAGAUCACAACAGAAUGGGUCAUGUGACAAUGAAUUAUCAGCCAAGAGAAACAGGCCUUCAUAUUCUUCAUGUAUAUUACAAUGACAAGAAAAUAAAAGGCAGUCCAUAUCAGUUUUAUGCCCACCCACAGAACAGUAAAUAUGUGCACGCUUUUGGACCUGGACUAAGUCAUGGUAUAAUCCACAGACCAGCAGAGUUCACAGUUGUUACAAAGGCUGCUGGUGCAGGCGGCGUGUGUAUUGCUAUAGAAGGUCCUUCAAAGGCGAAGAUUGAAUGUGUUGAUAAUGAAGAUGGGUCUUGUUCUGUUACAUAUGUUCCCACUAGACCAGGAGAAUAUACUAUCAUGGUAAAAAUGGGAGAAAAAAGCAUUCCUGGAUCACCAUUUACUGCUAAAAUUUCAGAUGGACACCCAAUUAGAAAUGCUGCUGAGAUUCCGAGUAUUUCAGGUGGUAAUUUCAGUUUACAGUAUGAAGGUAUACAGAACAUGGAUGUUGAUGAUCUCCAUGCUGUUGUAGAAAGUCCAUCGGGGAAUGACUACCCAUGUGAAUUGAGGCUUCUCCCUAACGGACAUUUAGGAUUUUCGUUUACGCCUGAAGAAGUUGGUCAGCAUGAAGUAAGUGUCCGUAAAUCUGGUAACCACAUCCAAAAUAGUCCCUUUAAAAUCUACAUUGAGAAAACUGAACUUGGAAGAGGUCACGCUAACAAGGUUAAAGUUCAUGGUGACGGUAUUGUAGAGGGUGUUUCUGGAGUACAGAAUGAGUUUAUUAUUGACACAAGAGAAGCAGGAUAUGGCCAACUAGGACUGGCUAUGGAUGGUCCAAGGCGUAGUAAAGUUAACAUGGAUCUUAUAGAUAAUGAAGAUGGCACUUGCAAAGCUGUGUAUAAACCAAAAACACCGGGGAACUAUGUCAUCAUGGUGACAUACGGUGGUCAACAUAUUCCAGGAAGUCCCUUUGAUAUCAUUGUUGAAGAACCGGCCGAGCCUAUGCCUGAAAGAUCGUUCAGAAGUGCGUCGAAACAGGGCCAAGAUUUAUGGCUGUAGGAACAAACAUAACUUACUAGUGUGGUAUUAGAAACAUAGAAGAGGAUUCUUCAGCUGCAUUUAUAUGAUUCAAAUUUUAACAAAUUUUACAAUAAAACAACUUUAAUAACUGUUAAUUAAUUGAGUGUCAUAUCAUAUUUUACAAGGACAUUUCAUGAUGUGUGUUUUUUUUUAAUUUAGAAGGAAUUAUAUGCAGUUAUUUCUAAUUGAUUUUCGCGCGAUGGGGAUUUUAAAUAUGACUCACUAUUUAUAAAAAAUUACAACACAAUAGAAUGAAGCUAUAUUUCCAAGCAGACUUGUUUUAAAGAUUUCUUUUUAAAAUAUUUGUUCGAAAUCAAACCAUACUGCACAAUUAUUAAGUGAAGAAGUCUCAAGGGAGAUAAUCAGUAAAUAAUUUUGACUCAUUAAGUGAUGAAGACUCAAGGGAGAUAAUCAGUAAAUAAUUUUGACUCAUUCAGUGAUGAAGACUCAAGGAAGAUAAUCAGGAAAUAAUUUUGACUGAGAUGAAGAGAUAUAUAGUAUGAACAUUCAACCCCUCAUAUUGACGUUGAUUUUAUAUUGUAGCAGUGCUGAUGACUUUUGUGACUUUUUCCCCUUUACGUAACUAUUGUUAAAAAAUCUUACCAUGUGAGUGGAAGUACUUACCUUAUCUUCAACCGGUGUAAUAGUAUAAUUUAUACCCUCAAAACCCAUGCUUUAUUUUAAAAUAUGUCUAUAUACAGUGUCAUUGCAAUAAAUUUAUUUUAAAUGAUA